AUGAAUUAUAACUGCGAAAUACAAAACAGGAACAGUAAGAAUGUUGACAAUCAAGUCAGUCUACCCCCUAUCCAAGUUCUAUUUAACUCCAUAGAAAAACGGAGUAUGCCCGAGUUGGCAUUUUCGAACAUAGAAUACUCGCAUGGGAACCUUCGGUCUAGUACCGAGGAACAAAACUAUCCUGCGCCUGUGUUACUUCCACAGCAUCAUUCGAUUGCGUAUCCCGCAAUUAAUUCUGGCGGUACUAGUACUACUGCUACUCCUACUGCUUCUACAGUUGAAACGUCCAAGACGAGUAGCAGUGCUAUGGAUACACAAUCUCAAUAUGGCAGUUCAAAGAAGUCAAAAUCGGCGUCCGAUGAUGCAAAGCCCUGCUACAAAUCCGCCCCAAUAUAUGAAAUAAUCAAUAAGGAAAAGGAUGCGGGGGCACAAUACAACAGGCCAUUUUCGGAUUUUGUAGAAUCUAAAUCAAGGAGGAAGCAAAAUUCGGGCAGGAGGUCUAACCUGCCAAAGGAAACAGUGCAGAUACUGAAUACUUGGUUGCUGAACCACCUGAAUAACCCCUACCCAACUCAACAAGAAAAGAGGGAGUUGUUAAUCAAAACUGGGCUAACCAAGAUUCAACUUUCUAAUUGGUUCAUAAAUGUGAGAAGACGCAAAAUAUUUAGUGAUUACUAUACCCUGGUAAACUCAAUUCCUAAUGACAACGCGAAUAAUACCCCAGUGGAACGAGUUCAAAACGUCUCAGCAUAUCAUAACACAUUAUCUGCCACAAAUAAUACUAUGUACGAUGCUACGUCAACCUGCUCCACGGAUUAUGAAUUAUCCAAGAGAUUUGCUCAUGCCCCCGUUACACGCCGUAAAAAACUAAUUGAUAGGCUGGAAGAAUUGAAAAAGCUAUCCAACCCUGAUAUGAAUUGA